AUGGAGCCUCGCGCCCGCGCCGCCAAAAAUGUUGGCAAAAUGAACUUCAGCCACAACGAGCUGGCUCAACUACUAUACGCCCACGGCGACGUAAGGAAUCCGCUCCCCGAAACGAUUCGCGUGCUCGACGAGAUCGUAACCGAGUUCAUCCAAGGCAUGGCCUUCGAGGCGACGCGCGCAGCCAACUACGCGGGAAGGCAGAAGGUCAAAUACGAGGACUUUGAAUUCGCGUUCCGCAAGAACGACGCCUUUCUCGGAAAGGUCCAGGAGGUCUUUGAGAAGAAGGGCGAGAUCGAGUCGGCCAAGAAGAUUUUCACAAAGGACGACGAGGCGGUGCUCAUGAAGGACGCCGCGGACCAGGAGCACGGCAAGAAGGAUAAGGCUGCCAACGGUACGGGCGAGGCUUCGAGUGCGGCGGACGCGGCGGUGAAGCAAGAGGAGGAGCUGGGCGAGGCCGACGACGACGCUGAUGCCGAAAGUGAGGUCGCGGGACGACCGUCGAAAAGGGUCAGAUUGGACGGGGACGGGAAGUGA